AACCAAUAGCUUCAGUAUUAUGCGCAGAUGUGAGGCGCAGACGUCAAAUGUUUUGGCGGUGAUGUUUGAAGGAAUGUCCAACACUCCAGAAUUUCACGAGUUGUUCGUCAUCACAUCUUGAUACUGUGAUGCCAGUUGCUUCCAUGCUAUAACUAAGAUUCUUGACCACAAAGGAUGCUGCAGGCAGUAACUGACAAUCAAGACUAUGGACAAUUAUCAUGUGUUAGAGCUGAUAGGAGAGGGAUCCUUUGGAAAGGUGUACAAAGGCAGGAAGAAAUACUCAGGACAGGUUGUGGCACUGAAGUUUAUUCCCAAAACUGGAAGAUCUGAGAAAGAACUAAAAAACUUGAGGAAGGAGAUUGAAAUCAUGCGAGAUUUGCACCAUGAAAAUAUUAUAGAAAUGUUGGAUAGUUUUGAAACUGAAAAAGAGGUAGUUGCUGUUACUGAUUAUGCAGAGGGAGAGCUCUUUCAGAUUCUUGAAGAUGAUGGGAGUUUACCAGAGGAACAGGUGGGUUUAAUAGCCUGUCAGCUGGUGUCAGCACUAUUCUACCUUCACUCUCAUAGGAUCUUGCACAGAGACAUGAAGCCACAGAAUAUCCUCCUAGGAAAAGGGGGUGUAGUCAAACUGUGUGAUUUUGGGUUCGCAAGAGCUAUGAGUAUUAACACUCUGGUACUUACAUCUAUAAAGGGGACACCUCUAUACAUGUCACCUGAAUUGGUUGAAGAAAAACCAUAUGAUCAUACAGCAGAUUUGUGGGCUCUGGGUUGUAUCCUGUAUGAACUGUUCACUGGACAGCCACCUUUCUAUACCAACAGUAUCUUCCAGCUUGUCAGUCUCAUCAUCAAAGAUCCAGUCAAAUGGCCAAAGAACAUGUCCCCACUUUUCAAAGACUUUUUACAGGGGCUGCUGACCAAAAACCCACAAAAUAGAUUGUCAUGGCCAGACUUAUUGGAUCAUCCUUUUGUGGCAGAAGGGAUCAAUGUCUCUGAAGAAGAUUUAAAUAUGGACAGUCCUUUCACCAAGUCACCUACUGCCUCACUGGUGUUUGCAAAGGAGAAGCAAGCUAAAGAAAAAGCAAAUGUCCCAGGAACAUCUAAGAUUUUAAGUAAGGCCAGAAAAGAUGCUGCCAAGAAGGGUAAGCCAGUAAAGCAGCCUGGGGGAUGGGUUGGUGGAAGCCAGGGAGGAGCUGGAGAGGCCAUGACUACAGCAGACAAAGAAAAAGCAUUGUCACAAGAAUGGAACAAAACAGAAGCCAGCAAGAUGGUGAACCCCACCCCCCGUGCUGAUCGCAUCAGUAAGGACUAUGAAAAAGAGUACCCCAGUAUUGAGGUGGACAGUAGGAGGACACUAAGGAGAAGUCCAGACAGGAAGAACAUAGAGAAUGUCAAACUGGAUGGAGAAGUUGUAGACAGUGAUGAUGAAUGGCAGGCACUAGAGGAUAGGACAGAGUCAGAGGAAGAUGGCAAUAUAGCUUUGAUGAAGAACAAGGCAUUGGUCAACAAGCUGAAGACUCGCCUGCAGACCUCAUCAGUACAGGUUCUGGAUGGUAUGCUGGAAGGGGCAGCCAGACUUAGACCUGUACUCAGAGUGCUGGCUAAUCUUGUCCCUACGAAGGGUGAUUUAGAAACCACUUUAUCAUUCAUCAAAGCUGUUGACAUGCCUUCCCAACAACUCCAACUUAUCAGAGAGGUUGUGAGGAAAGAGAAUGUCUUGAAGCAACCUUGGAGUCAGCAGAUCUUAGUUGACCUGGUGAUUGAUAUACAUGCUUACUUUGCCAUUGAGAUUCUAGAGACAGAAACUGUGAAAAAAGAAAGCCUGGAGCAAUUUUGUGACAACUGUUUCAAGUUUUUUGACUUAGUACCACAACUACUGAGGCAAAAUGUGGAUGAUGACAUGAGGCUCAGACAUCACACAUUCAUGUGUGUUGUUGAUCUAUGUCAAACUAUGGAGGUGCAUUCCAAAAUAGCCAAACCGUUCUUCUCUGGGAUAGCUGAGAAACACACAGCAGUUGUUGAUGCCAUCAUUCUGUGUACAAGUGCUGAAGAGGAGGAAUUGAAAAAGUUGGAAACUGUAACUCAAGGAGAUAAGGCUAUAGCAUGUCAGAGGAUGGGGGACAUGGUACUGUUUGCUAUUAGCAGCCUGGCUGCUCUCACACACAUCCCUCUGGAGGUCCAAGAUGGACUACUCGCUAAAAGAAAGAUUGCUUAUAUUGUUGGUGAAAGGCUUUGUGAUAAGAAGAUGGAACCAGCCACAGAAGAGUUUCUCAGGAUGGUUCGGCAUCCCCAGGCCUGUAGCAUGGUGCUCAAGACUAUAUACUCAGCAUGUCAAAUGUCUCCUUCUCUCUGUGCAUAUCUGGCUAACAGUAAAACACACAUGGAAUCUUUCUUUGGAAUUCUACAAGGAAUGGUUGAAGUAGAAGAUGCAGAAUUGAAUUCCACUUUGGAGAUGACGCUUCACACCUUAAGUGUUAUUGUAAUACAGCUUCAAGAUGUGCCCCCAGAUUUAGAGAAAGCUGGAGACAUGAUGGUGUCCAUAUUUCUCGAGUCUACUUUGGCAAGCCACACUGCUGCUGCUGCCCUGUUAUUUAGCCAGCUUAUCUACUGUAACCUACCAGUUGAAGUACCACCAGAUGGAAUGCUGUCAGCAGCUCUCUCCGUCUUCACUGACCUCUCACAGGUUUGUGUUCGCACCCCAUUUGACUAUGGUGUUCUGGAUGGCAUUCUCCAACUGCUGUGCCAAAUGUUAUCUUCGGAUCAACUUCCAAUGGCCAGAUUGUACAUUGAAAGUGGAAUCUGGAAUGUGUUGAUCCACAGGCUGGCUCAAAUGAUGCAGGUACACAACCCAGAGACAAACAUGCCAGUCCAUGACAUUGAUGCUGAAAUUGGUUGUUCUGAACAAACUGACCAGACUGACUGGACACUUAUCUCACCACAGGGGUUAAUGGCUUCACUACAGGUGGCAGCAGCAGUCUUUACUAAGGAGACCUACCAGUGUGUUCCAAGCCUUGCUAAACCAGACAGUGUACUCACAUUGACUAUACUGCACAUGUACUCAAUGCCUUUCUUAAGGGGCUUGCAGAAAAGCAAUCCAGAUGGACAGAAAAUGGUUGUAGAGACCAUACUAAACCUGACCCAGUUAUGCUGUUUUCCCUUUGCUGUGGACAUGAAUGAAGACUUGUUGGAAGAAAUUUACAACUGUUUUUACAGCCAGGGUCUCAUAUUGAGGCUGCUGUCUGCUUGCAAACACUUCCUCCAGCCUGACCAGAUGGAAAUGCCUGUAGGUCUCAUGGCAAGGCUCACUCUGGGAGAACAGGCUUUUGUACUGCAGUUUGCUGAUUGUGUUGUUGAGCUGGAUGCCCUGUCAUUUGUAUCCGUGUGUGUGUCUCCUGAAAGCCCCCUAUCUGUGAUCUGUGAUAUGGUCUCCAUAUGUAGUCACCUGGCCAGAACCUCACCAGAAUAUGUAGAUCUGUUGCUGAGAAUUUUCCAAGGUUCUGAAGGUGACUGUGCCCCUUUAGCCUCCCUUAUGUGUCACCAGUCCCCAGUGGUACGUUCCAGAGUAUGUAGUAUGAUGGGAAACAUGAUGAAACAUUCCAAUACAUUCUAUACUGUCCUUACUCAAAGGGAAAAACUGUGUUCGAGUUUAGUAAGGUGUCUGGAAGACGAAGAUGCUCAUGUCAGAAUGUGCUCCAGCUAUGCAGUGGGCAAUGCAGGUUAUCACAGUGGAGAAUUAUACCCACAACUGAAGUGUUCCGUCCCAUACCUUAUCACAUUGCUCAGUGAUUCUGUUGCUAAAACUAGAGCUAAUGCUGCAAGUGCCUUAGGUAACCUAGCCAUGCAUUCUCCACAGUUGUGUGAAGAGCUCUCCAAACACAAGGCUGUUCACAGUGUUCUUGAAGUUGCCUGUCAUGACAGUCAGUAUACCGUCCAAGAAAGUGCACUGGCAGCACUGAAAUCCAUGUGUAACCAAACCGAGUUAAAGGCUUUGUUGAAAUCCAUGAAUGCUGUAGAUAAAUUGACCCAGAUGAGUGGCACCACCACCCCAAGACCUAAGAGUGCAGUGUUAGCCAAUAGAAAGAGUGUGGGGGUUACCACUGUCAUGCAUCACUGUCACAAGCUGAUCAAGAUAUUACAGGAAGAUGGCUGAAUCAUUUAAUAAAAAUAAUUCAUUUGAUUUGAGUGCAUAGAUUUUAAAGCAGAAUAGAUUGUGGUGUCCGUGUUUAAGUAAAAGUUGGUUCCCAUUUCUGAAGUAACAGUGAUGUUUUGUGUCAGUUUGAAGUUUUGUCUAGUUAUUAUCCUGGCAAAUCCAGGCAAAUUUGUGUUGACAUUGUGAAGAAAGGCAACUGUCAAAUGUACACAGAUGUUCAGUGAUAUACAGGAAGGCUUUCCUGAUGGCAUUGUAAGCAUGUCAAGUUUUAGAAGAACAACUCUUGCAUGGCGUUAACAUUUUACAUUUUAAGUUUGUAUACACAGGAGUCUGAAAUUAUAUGAUAGGAUAAUUAAUAGGGACAUUGUUCUUUUCAAAUACAUUUCAUCUGUGAAAUAUGAUUGCCCCUCUCAUAGUCUGUACUUAUUUAAAGGAAAUGUUUUUUAUUGUUUUCCUGUUCCCCUUCCAGAUGGUCACAGUUAGUCUUAACCUUUAUUGCUAUAGCCUAUUUUUUUAAAUCAAGUUGACAUUUCACAAGGUAAUAAUGCUAUAGAAUUGGUCUGUUGUUAGUUUAGUCUCAUGUAUUUGAACGUGUGAGAUUGCUCUUUUUCUUUGGUAGGACUUUUGGGCAUGUAGCACUGCCCAUAGUUAUGUAUGGGAGUGAUAUAUUUUUUUGUAACAACAAAAAGAAGGCGGAUUUCAGGAAUUUUAGAACGUUUUACAUUACUGUUAAAAUUACACUGAUUUAGAAUACUUCCUCCCAAACUUGUGUGAAUUACCCCCUUUAACAGUUCUGUUAUAAUAGUAAUUUUUGUUCUCAGUGAUGCUGAAAUUUAGAUUUAUUUGAAGUAUUUUUUUAAUUUAAUUAUUUAUAAAACGUAUUUAAUAUUUGUUAGAAGAGUAAAGGGCAUCUUUGUACAGAUUGCAAAAGAAUAUUCUGUAUUGACAGGCACAGUUUAGUAUUGUAAAUGUAUGUUCUUUAUAAUGCAUCGUCAUUGAUAAACUUAUUUUAAGCGAA